CAGCUACAAUAUUUUGCCAUUUUCAUAUUUUAUACUUUGAAUAUUUUUCCAGGUAUGAUUCUCGGAUGUAUUUUUAUGUGCAUAGUUGCGCUUUUUUUCACGACAACUGCUUAUUUGUUGGCCCAAACUUGGGGUAUAAUGAGAGAUCGAUGGCCAGCCUAUAAAACACACUGUCGCCGACCAUAUCCAGAAAUUGGAUUGCGUAGUUUUGGAUUUAAAAUGAGAGUUUUCACGGCUUUAUGCGUUUACACCACACUUUUUGGUACAACAACAGUUUACGUUAUUUUGUCCUCAAGUAUAUUUCAUAAAUUUUUGGCAUUUUGGGGUAUUAAAAUACAUUUUUGUUUGCUGUUAAUCAUCCUUGCAAUAAUGAUCCUACCGGUUACUUUCCUCAAAUCUCCAGCUGAUUUUUGGGGUGUUGUUGCAUUUGCACUUGUGUGCACAAUUAUUUGUGUUGCACUAAUUUUAACUGGAAUUAGUUUUGAUUAUGAAACAUGUUACGGGUCAGCUGCUUAUCAGCCAAUAUCAUAUCAAGCCUUAUAUAGUCUUGGAACAUUUGUGUUUGCCUUUAGUGGACAUCACGUUUUUCCAACCGUACAACAUGAUAUGCGCGAACCAAAAUAUUUUACAAAAUCUGUUUUGCUCGGAUUUUUCAUUAAUUGUUGCUUGUACAUACCAGUAGCUUUGUAUUCGUAUGCCGUUUAUGGACAAAGUAUGCGAGAUUCGGUGAUUGAUUCGCUUCAAACUCCUUGGAUCCGAUAUACAGCUGAUUUAGCCAUUGCAUUUCAUUGCUUGCUUACUAUUAUUCUCACUAUCAAUCCAAUCAAUCAGCAACUGGAAGAUAUUUUUAAUGCAUCUCACAAAAUGAGCUGGCAACGUGUUGCUGUUCGUACUGGUCUCCUUUCAGUCAUUUUAUUUGUGGCUUUAACAGUUCCAAAUUUUGGGUCAAUCAUGGAUUUCUUUGGUAGUACAACUAUUCCAUUCACUUGUAUCAUUUUGCCAACUUUAUUUGGCCUUUCUCUUAAAGCACAGCGAUAUAAUGAGAAAACAAAAGAAUGGGAAAUACCUACAUGGCAACAAAUUUAUGAGCGUACUCCACGUUAUAUCUUCUGUUGGUAUGCGCUUGUAAACGUGAUUACAAUAUUUGCAUCAAUUAUAAGUGCUAUUAUGGCAAUAAAAGCGAUGGCGACAAUUCGAUUUGUUCCACCAUGUUAUCUCCAACCUUUUCUACAAUUUGAAAAUCAAUUUGAAGAAAUUUCUCAUCUAGUGAACUGUUGUGGACGGUAUUCGAACAAUACAUGGAUAUCAAAAGAUACGUGUUAUCCUAGAAUUUGA